GUGGGAAGAAGAAGGGGAAGGAAAAAAAAGCUGGUCAAGAAAGUUAAAAGUUGUUGGGGUCGUUCGCGAAGUGGGAACCAUGUCUCUGGGUGACUGUUGGAAGCAGCUGUCCUGGUUCUACUACCAGUACCUGCUGGUGACGGCGCUGUACAUGCUGGAGCCCUGGGAGAGGACAGUGUUCAACUCCCUGCUGAUCUCCGUGGCCGGCAUGGCCGUGUACACCGGCUACGUCUUCAUGCCGCAGCACAUCAUGGCCAUCCUGCACUACUUCGAGGUCGUCCAAUGACGGGCGGAGUCCCGGCUGUCCGGCCCGCGGGGUCUCGCCUCCGUCCAUCAACCCGUCUGCUGAGGUGGGAGGUCGUCUCCGACCGGGUGGAGGCGGAGCUUCUCUCCUUUCUUUUUUUUCUUUUUUUUCUUCUAUAUCGAAAGUCAGCGCUCUGGACAUCGUGCUCGAGGUCACGCUGGACGAUCGUAUUCCUCCGUGACUGUUUCUCUCCUCACCUUGUGUGAACAGCGUUGGAGGCGUGGCCUUAGAGGAGGGUGUUCUGGGUGUUUUUAUCUAAUUUUUCUUCUAAUUUAAAUCAAGCGCACUUUACCGUAUUUGAAUGUGUAAAUACACGGACGUCUGGUUGUGGAGCAGGUUGGACUUUUUUAUUUUUUAUUUUAUUUUUAUUUUAUCACAUUAAGACGUGAAAACAUUGAUCUCUGAUGGACAAACUCAAGCUUUUUGUUCUUUCACUGGUCAGAAGCGUCUUUUUAAAGAAACGACUUCGGCCAUUUUGCAACGCAAGAAGAAAAAGAUUAACGCUCCAAUUUGAGGGUGGGGGGGUAUUGUUGCCAUGGUAACCAAUCGUACCUGAGAUCUGUCGUUAUUUAUUGUAUGUAAAUCCUGAAGUUUCACUCCAGUCGUGCAUCAGCCGGUGCGCACUAGCUAAGCGAACGGCGGCGCCGACCUUUGACCCGUGAAUGAUGCGUUGGGUCACAGCGUCUGUGCUGCAGGGUUGAAGGGGAGACGUUGACCCCGUGACCUGUACACCUGAGGCUUCUUCCUGUACACAUGGCCGUCUCCGUAGGAGCUCGAGAAGGAGGUGAGCUCUCAGACCUUCUGCAGGCAGCAGUGAAGGAGACGUCCCACACACACGCAUGGUUUCCUCUUUGUACAGAAAUAAUAACGGUUCCAUUUUAAUGUACUUUUAUGUUCGUACCCCUCUUUUUUUGUGAUUAUUUCUAAAAAGAAAAAGAUCCAUUUCCCUCCCUUUGUGUAUAUAAUCUUGUAUUUGUAAAGUUUUUGUAGUUGGUGUGGAGGAGCUACUGAUGCUAAACACUGUUCUGUGACUGGAAUCAUUAAAGGGACAGUACACGCGUUGUGUUUCAAUCUG